UUCCAUAUUAUAACGUCACUGGUGAGCAGAGCAGAGAAAAUUGGUUUGGUGUACCAAACUGAAAAUAGAGAAUUUGAGUAAAUUUCAAUAGAACAAAAUUAGUGGUGGAAGAUGAAAAACAGUGUAUAGUUCAUAAAAUCAAACUCUGAUUUUGAGAUUUUCAGUGAGCUGAAUUCACAAUUAUUGGUUCAUUGAAAGUAUGUGUAUGAAUCAAAAGAUUCCUGUAACAAUGUCCCGGCAUGUACUAUCAGUAUGCAUUUUCUGUUUCAUUUGUGCAACACACUCGCCGUGCGCUUCUCAUGCUGCCACCAGACAAGAGAACAUAUUUCGCCACAAAAAUUACUAUGAUCCAAAGAAUAUACAAGCUAUCGAACAGCUUCAAAUUACAUCCCGAGAAAAACAAAAAUUUGACCAAGUAUCGAUCGGGACUGCUCACGAUGACAAGGCUAUCGAAUUGGGACAUCCUAGCAACAGGAAGGUGAAACGUAACAGCUAUAAUAGUGAUGUAAAUAGUGAAACAGAACAAGAUUAUAUUAGGAAAAUAUUCAUGAUGUAUGGUAAUGGGGAAGAAAUGACUUUGGAGGGAUUCACUAAAUUUUUAGCAGACAUGAAGUUGCAUGAGGUCGUUGUUAAGAGAAAUGACGAACAUGAUAUCGAGCACCAUAUUGAUGUACAUGUGGAAGAAAAUAGCACG